CAACACACUUACACACCGAAGAGAAAAAGGAAAAGGAAAAGAAAAAGAAAACACGACACACUUCAGAGUUCAGAUCCGUCUUAGCAGGCACACGAAGCUAGCUAUGCUAAGCUGAGCUUGUUGAGAAGCUGCAAGAACAACAGAAAAACAUUGAGAGAGAGAGAAGAUGAGAUAUGGAGGAGGAAGAAGGAGGCGAAUGUUGUUGCAACCGUUUGUGGUGUUGUGUGCGGUGGUGACGGGUUUGGGGCUGUUGAUGCUGGCGUUGAGGCCGAUGGAUCCUCCGAUUACCGUCGAUUUCCCGCAGGAUUUCGAGUUCGAAGAGUCCAAUAGCUCCAGUUUAGACGGCAUCGGUGGCGAUGAGGAUGGUGGCGACGAUGCCGAUGCGACCAUCGGAGUGGGGAACGCGGCUGAGGAGGGCGUGGGAGAGAAAACGUGCGCGACGGUAGAGAAGAUGGGGAAGGAUUUCAGCAGAAGCGUUGGGAUUGAAACCCUCAGAGCGAGGAGAAUUGUUGAACAUCAUUUUUAUGUGAAUGGUGCUGCAAGAGUCAGGGAUUGGCCCCCGGAGCAGUUCUGUAGGCAUGGCUUCGUACUUGGAAAGACAGCUGAGGCAGGUUUUGGGAACGAAAUGUACAAGGUUUUAACUGCUGCAGCACUGAGUAUAAUGUUGAAUCGGUCCUUGAUCAUUGGCCAAACCAGAGGUAAAUAUCCUUUUGGAGACUACAUUUCUUAUUCCAACUUUACCUUUACGAUGAAAGAAAUAAAGCAUUUAUGGAGACAAAACAAUUGUGAAAGCAAAUAUGGAAGGGCACUGGUUAUGAGGACUGAUGAUUUUGAAAAGCCAACUGAAUCAAAUGUUCUCUGUAGCAAUUGGAAGCAAUGGAAGCAACCUAUCAUAUGGUUUCAAGGAACAACAGAUGCUGUGGCAGCACAAUUCUUCCUGAAAAAUAUACACACUCAGAUGAGGAUUGCUGCUUCUGAUUUAUUUGGUGAUCCACAAGUUCUAGGAUCUAGGCCGAAUGUAUUUGGGGAGCUCAUGAGAGUCCUCAUAUCCCCUUCAAAAGAUGUCGAAGCGGCUGUCGAUUGGGUUAUUGGUGGUGGGGAAAACCCUGACAUCUCAUUGCAUAUGCGGAUGCUUAUGAAUAGGUCUAUAAGAGCUGUACAGGCAGCAUUGCGCUGUAUAAAAAAAGCCAUAGAGAGUCAACACCUAACAUCAAGACCAAAGGUGGUGGUUGUGUCAGAUACACCUACCCUCGUUAAAAGUAUCAUAGCCAAUAUAAGUGAAUUUGCUGAGGUUAUUCAUUUUGAUUAUGAAAACUUCAAGGGAAGUAUGUUUCAAGGAUUGCAGAAGGCUGAUUUUAGAGUGAAGGAUUGGGGCCCAGCUCCCAGAUGGGUUGCUUUUGUUGAUUUUUUCCUUGCAUCUCGCGCUAGAUAUGCUGCUAUUUCCGGAGCGCACCGGCGAGUUGGUACUACCUAUGCUCAGUUAAUUGCUGCCCUCGCUGCAGCACAAAAUCUAGGAAACAACUCAACCGGUUCAAAUUUUGCAUUCUUUAGCAGCUUCCAAAGUAAUUUGUUGAAUGAUGGUUUGAAAAACCAGAUUGGUUGGGGCCAUGUUUGGAACAGAUAUGCCGGGCCAUUGAGUUGUCGCCGUCAGCCCAAUCAAUGCGCCUUCACGCCACUUCUCCCUCCUGCCUGGUGGGAUGGCCUUUGGCAAUCUCCUCUUCCAAGGGACAUCAAUAGACUCGCUUCCUUUGGCAUCAAACUAUCUGCCAUGGGCACAGUUGAUACCGAUUCCCUUCAGAAUCAUUGUAAUUCAAAGAAACCUGUCGUGAGAACUGUUAAAUUCGAUUUGUAGUUUUUGGAAGUCGUAUUUAAUUGUAUUCUUUUUUGAAUAUUUAUAAUAAUUAUUAGUAUAGAAUGUUGUAUCAUUUGUUUAAUUUGCAUCCAAGUAUUCCUAGUCUCGUUUC